CAAACAAUGAAAGCCUGAGGUAUAUAAGAGAGGAAAUAACGAGGAAGAAGAGUUGAAGACAUCAAAAAUUUAACAAAUCUCCAUUUGCCUGUCUCCCAUCACUAAAAGAAUACUCUCACCAAACAAAACCUUUUUAAUAUCAAAGCACAGCAUACGCAAGCAUCACCGUUUCAAUUCAUCUGCCAUUUCCAUUCCCCAAUUUCACUCAUUUUCUGGCAAUUGGCACCUUUUUCUUUCUAUAACCUCUCCACAUGUUUGGUCACUGAAAACUACAGCCUUCUGAAUCCUUACUCUCUAUAUGAGCAAACACUUGGAGAAACCGAAACCCAUCAGAUAAAACCCAGAAAAAUUGGGUCUUCAGUCAUUUCUCUUCUUCUAUAGUUGCUGGCUCAGUUAUACUCUUUAUGUUAUCUGAAGCAGACAAGUUUUUACUGUCAUCUGUAACCUUAAAAAAGAUACUUCCUUUUCCUUUGUUCUUUAAUCGGAAGAGUGGACUAACAGAAAGGGAUGGGGAUACUGUAUGAUGACCUGGUGAUUGUGAGGCAUUCGGAGAAAGAAGGCGAGCCCAGUGUCAUAACCGUGAAUUGCCCUGACAAGACUGGCUUGGGCUGUGAUCUUUGUCGCAUCAUUCUUUUCUUUGGUCUUUUUAUUGUCAGAGUUGAUGUAUCUACGGACGGUAAAUGGUGUUAUAUAGUAUUCUGGGUACUGGAUAAACCGACAACUAGGUGGGGUCUAUUGAAGAAGAGACUGGUGGAAGCAUGCCCUGCUUGUUCAUCAGCUUCGGACAUUUCAUACUAUAAGACUGAUUUGCAGCCUCAGAAGCCUCCUGAUGUGUUCCUUUUAAAGCUCUGUUGCCAUGAUAAAAGAGGCCUUUUGCAUGACGUGACGGAGGUCCUAUGUGAAUUGGAGCUUGUAAUUAAGAAAGUGAAGGUAUCCACCACUCCGGAUGGGAAAGUAAUGGAUUUGUUCUUCCUCACUGAUACAAGGGAACUUUUGGCGACAAAGAAAAGACAACAGGACACCUACGACCAUCUGAGAGAAGCUCUAGGUGAUGCCAUGAUCAGUUGUGACAUAGAAAUGGUUGGCCCUGAAGCUACUGCAUGUUCUCAAGGGCAGUCAUUCUUACCUCAUGAAAUUACAGAUGGAAUGUUUAAUGUAGAAUUGCUUGAGGAGCAGCAAAAUGGAUAUCUUUCCCCAGAGGGAGUGUCUAUUACAAUGGAUAACUCAUUAAGUCCUGGUCAUACGCUGGUGCAGAUAGUUUGCCAUGAUCACAAAGGUCUCCUUUAUGACAUAAUGAGAACAUUAAAGGAUUACAAAAUCCAGAUAUCAUAUGGCCGAUUCUCAGCGAAACGAAAGACAGAAUGUGAACUCGACCUCUUUAUCAUGCAAGCAGAUGGCAAAAAAAUAGUUGAUCCAAGCAAGCAGAGUGCACUACGUUCUCGCCUUUGGAUGGAAUUAUGUCGUCCAUUGAGAGUAGCAAUAGUCAGCCGGGGUCCUGAUGUGGAAUUGUUGGUUGCAAACCCUGUUGAGUUAUCUGGAAAGGGGCGUCCGCUUGUCUUCUUUGACAUCACCCUUGCUCUUAAAAUGCUCAACACCAGCAUCUUUUCGGCAGAAAUUGGACGGUACAUGAUUGGGGAUCGAGAAUGGGAAGUCUACAGAGUUUUACUUGAUGAAAGGGAUGGCUUAUCUGUCCCAAGGGAGAUGAUCGAGGAAGCUGUUUGGAAGAUGUUGAUGGGUUGGGACUGAAUGAAGUGAAGCUCCACCGCCUUCUGUACAGCGAAUGACUCUCAUAGCUGCUGUCUACCGGAUGUUUAAUGUUGAUAGCCUUGUGUUAUAUUAUUAGUUAUUACAUGAUCUCUAACCUCACAUGGGAUGUAAAUACGAGGGAAAGUAGAUAGAAAGGAGAUGCAUGACUAGUAGCCUUUUUAACGUUUUGUCUUUCAAGUAGUAAUAUUAAUGCAGAAAUCUGUAGAUUAUCUUGAUGAAAGUGAAUCAAUUUCAGUGAUUCUGGAUUGCUUCUUCCUUGCUACCCUGCUGAAGUUUUGAGCCAACAGACAGAAUCUCUGAUUUUUUAAUCAGACAGCUGAAAAUUCAGCUAUGAAUGUCAGAAUUGUUUUGGAGCAAUGAUGGCAGCGCUAAUCUCAUUUAGCUCAUGGAAGAUGAUUGUCCUGCAAACUUGCAAGUUCAGUUACAAAACCACUUACAGAAAGCAAAACGGAAGAGUAUAAUUCAACAAAUAAUACAUCUGAAAUCCAGAAUGGUGCUACGUUCUUCAAU